CUUCCUGUGCUAUAAAGUUGCAGGCAGAGGCAGGGGCAGCAGCUGUUUUGCCUAGAUCUUAGCAAGCCUCCACUCUCAUCAUGAGGGAAUGCAUUUCCAUCCACAUCGGGCAGGCUGGCGUGCAGAUGGGCAACGCCUGCUGGGAGCUGUACUGCCUCGAACACGGCAUCCAGGCAGACGGGACCAUUCCUGGCCCCAAGCUGGCAAAACCUGUGGAGCCGGAGCCCGAACAAGUGGAUUCUUCUUUCGAGACCUUCUUCUGCGAGACGGCGUCUGGGAAGCACGUGCCCCGGGCCGUGUUCAUAGACUUGGAGCCCACUGUCAUUGAUGAGAUCAGGACCGGGACCUACCACGCGCUCUUCCACCCCGAGCAGCUCAUCAGUGGCAAGGAAGAUGCUGCCAACAACUAUGCCCGUGGCCACUACACCAUUGGGAAGGAGAUCAUUGACACCGUUCUCAGCAGAAUCCGUAAAAUGGCUGACCAGUGCAGUGGUCUCCAAGGGUUCCUGGUCUUCCACAGCUUUGGGGGAGGCACAGGCUCUGGCUUCACCUCUCUCCUCAUGGAGCGGCUCUCUGUGGAGUACAGCAAGAAGUCCAAGCUGGAGUUCUCUGUGUACCCAGCCCCACAGGUCUCCACAGCUGUGGUGGAGCCCUACAACUCCAUCCUCACCACCCACACCACCCUGGAGCACUCGGACUGCUCCUUCAUGGUGGACAAUGAGGCCAUCUACGACAUCUGCAACCGCAACCUGGACAUUGAGCGUCCCACCUACACCAACCUCAACAGGCUCAUUGGGCAGAUUGUCUCAUCUGUCACCGCCUCGCUGCGAUUUAACGGGGCCUUGAACGUCGACUUGAUUGAAUUCCAGACCAACCUGGUGCCUUAC